AGCAUAGAAUUUAUUAUUCAAAAAGCUUGAACACUGCUGUUUCCUCCAGAAUUGAACCAAAUAUGAUAACCGUCGUUACGACUAUACGUCCAAGGACCAUCAGCCGCGGACGACCCAGGACCAAGUUGACGGUAGUUUCGUUUUGGAGAUUGAGUUUUAUUAUUAUUAAACCUGGGAUGACUGUUGUCGUCGUCGUCGCCGCCAUCGUUCAUCAAUUCACGUGGCUUCAAUCGACGGGAGGGGGUUGGAGUGACCGAAUAGGUGGCCAUUACUGUCGUACUCCUCCUUUUGUGAGCAUGAGGCAGUGCCUUCAUUACGUUACCGGCAUUAGACGCCUGACGCGGGACGGUUGCAUACGAAAUUACUUCGGGAGGUUCUCUAAACGUCUCAAGCUCCAGGAAAAGAAGUGGUGCGAGGACAAUUGUGAGCACCUGGUGUAUUGCAUCACACGUGGGAACGAGGGGGAAGGAAGAUUCUUACCCAUACCGGAGGAAGAACACAAAGUCACAGGUUCAAGUUUGCCUUCGACGUCGUCGUCAAUUAUGGACGGAGGUUUUAAAUGAAAGGUAGCAUGAGCAAUGACGAGCAUGGGGUUGGGAAGUCGAAAUUACGGUGAGUGCACUUGCAGUGGGGUAUUAAAACACUAAA